AAGGAUUAAAAAAAAAAUAAAAAUAUUUGAUACACAGACAUGAUUAGGGAGAGUCAGCAAGCGUUGCCGUUCGCCAGGGAACGAGUACCAAGGAAUCGAGUACUCUAGACCAUAAAAAAUCCAUGAUUCCCAUCCGAUCUGUUAAAUUUGGAUUAAAAGAAAAGGCACUUCAUCGCCCUGGCAACAGCAAGGCAUUUUAAUGAUCCAACAAUUGGCUAUAGGCACUUCACCUCACUUCACCUUUGUCGCUGAGCGCAAUGUAUCUCUGCCUGGGUCCUGAGAGGUCAGGGAAAACUCUUCUGAUGAAAUCCUUGCAAGGAGAGGACAUCGAUGAGGCAACGCAAACUGUACCAACCAACGGUACUAACAUGUUUACAAUCCGCAACGAUGACGGUCAUUUUGAGGCAGUGAUCAGAGAACUUGGCGGAAGCAUGGCGCCGAUAUGGAAACACUAUUUCACCAGGGUACGCAAGAUUAUCUACGUCGUCGACACAAGUAACCUCUGUCAGAUUAGUGCGGCUGGAGUGUUGCUCUAUUCGCUGUUAGUCGAGCCGUCAUUAAAAAAUGUGAAAAUUGCCUUGGUUCUUGCUAAAAUGGAUCUCUCUUAUCGGCAAAUGAGGAACGAGGCGCUUCUUAUGCUCCAACUGACCAGAUUACGGAAAGAAAUCACUCAGGAGAUCACGGUCUUUGAGACAAGCGCGAUGACUGGGGAAGGAAUUGAGAAGCUAAGACAGUGGAUAUUUGACCCUGACACAAUCAAGGCUGCGAUUGCUGCCAACAUGUAGAGAGAAGUAUACCGAACAAGGAACGAGAGGAAAGAAAUAGUACACAAAAAACAAGUAAACGUAGAUAUAGAAAAACAAAAAACGUCGAUUAAAAAUAAAUUACAUGUUUAUUCA